AUGUCCGGUGUAGAUUUUGAGGAAGCAGGUCAUAAGCUCCUUAAGAUUAAGCUUGAGAUGGAGCUAUGUGUCAUGCUUUUGGAAUGUUGCAGUCAGGAGAGAACCACCAGAAUCCACUAUUCUCUUGGGACAGCGGACACCACUUCUUCUUCUCGUAUUUUUAUCAAGACCCUUUUCCAGGAAUUGUCAGAGCAUCUUGGUAUCCGUCUGCUUAAUGAGCGGUUGACUGAUCCUGCAAUGCAAGACUCUUUCAAAUCUAUUUUCCCAAGGGAUAAUCCCAAGAACACCCGAUUUGCUAUCAACUUUUUCACAUCCAUUGGGCUUGCCGGCAUAACUGAGAACCUGCGUGAGUAUCUGAAGCGCAUGCCACGCCUUAUUAUGCAACAACAAAAUGCAGCGUCAGAUCAAGAAUCCGACAGUUCUGGUUCAUUGGAUUCGGACUCGAACUCAGGGUCGGCUUGUUCCGAGUCAGAAUCAGAAUCAGAAUCAGAAUCGUCAAGCUCUGAAAGACGCAAGAAGAAACGUAGGAGGAGAAAUUAAUUUCUCUACUGUUGUUAUCUCUGUAUUCCUUGAAUUUCACAAAUUGUAAUAUACUGCCUGGAUUUGGUAUGGUGUGAAUUUUGGUUAUUGUCCAAGUGUAGGGAGAACAAAAAGGGUGCACCAGUUCAAGUUUAUGCAGAUUUUGUAUUUUGUUUUCUGUACUGUAGUACACACUAUUGAAACCAU